AUUUUUAGACUUGAGCAAAACUUCGGCGAAUCUAACGGUGGUGUGGCGCGGCGGCUGCGAGCUGAUUCACAACUUUCGGGAAAGAAAUGGCCACCAGAAAGCACUAAAACAGUGUCAGGAGGCGGGAGGAUGUCUGUGGAGGUGGACUUGUUGCUGCAGGAGGCGAAAGAAAGCAUCGAGGCGGCCCAGAACUACCGCAGUGAACUCCAGCAGCGCCUGCAGGGCCUCAACCAGGCCCGCAAACAGGUCCGAGGCAGCUCGGGUCAGGCCCGCGAGGCUCUCCGGCGGCACUUUGCGGAGCUGCAGGCGGCAGCAGGUCGGCUGCUGACGGAGCGUUUGACCGCUCUGCUGGCUGAGGUGGACGCCAUCGAGGCAGACAGCGUCAAACCGCUAGAUGACUGCCAGAGCCUCAUUGAGCACGGGGUGGGCCAGGCUGACGAGCUGCUGAGAGAAGGAGAGGCAGCUCUGCGUUGUGGUCUUGGGGAGAAGGAGGACCAACUGGGCAGUUUCACCAAGAAGGCCAUGCACAUCCAGCUGGACAGUUUACCAGAGGUACCAGCGCUGGUGGACGUGCCGUGUGUUUCAGCCCAGCUGGAUGACUCCCUGCUGGGUCUGCUGAGGGACCGGGUGUCCCGCCACGGCUCCGUCUCCUCCCACCCGCCCGUCCAGAUCGACGAGCUGCAGGAGAGACCGGGCGGCAUCCUGGUCCGCUGGUGUAAGGUGGAUGAGGACUUUGCUGCAGCAGAUUAUCGGCUGCAGUACCGGCGGUCUGGCAGCGGGGGGAGCCAGUAUGAGGACGCCUACAUCGGUCGGGACUGUGAGUUCCUGGUACUCCACCUCGACCCUCACGUUGACUAUCUGUUUAGGGCCUGCGCCCGCGGGGAGGGUCGCACAGAGUGGAGCCCCUGGAGCAUCCCGCAGACAGGAUACACCACACUCGCACCACAUGAGUGGUGUCCGGGCACCGAGGGCUACAUCCUGAGCAGCAGGAGAAACAUCGCUCUGCGCAAUGACUCCUCCCAAACCCGCUGCUCCGUCCUCUACUCCAACGCACCCACCUACUUCUGUGGCCAGACACUGACCUUCAAGAUCGCUGCAGCAGGUCCAAUGGAUCGGGGUGACUGUCUGGGCGUGUGCGUGGACAACCAGAGUGGGGCAGAGUCACUUCAGAGAGACCAGGCCGUCUGCAUUUCCACCAAUGGUGCUGUAUUUGUCAACGGUAAAGAGAUGACCAACCAGCUGCCCGCCAUCACCCUGGGCUCCGCUGUGACCUUUGACAUGGAGGUGGUGAACCUGUUUCCCAUCAGCAACAACAACCUGAGCGAGGGCGGCAACUUCAAGCUGAGGGUGACCAUCGGCUCGGGGAAUCGGGAGGUGGUGUUUGACUGGCUGGUGGACCAGGCGGUGGACUGCCUCUUCUUUGGCUGCUCUUUCGUCCACUCCGGCUGGAAAGUGCUCGUGUUUUAAGAGCGCUCAACUUUAAAACGAGUGACGCAAAAAUUGACCGUUUUAAUCUGCUGGAGUUUAGGAGCUCGGCCAGCUUAAGUUUUUCCUCUUCUGUCGUUUUUUCCUCUCACACCUGAGCCACUUACAGGGCGACACGUCUGGGACCAGACCACAGUGACAAAGCAACAGCUGCGAGCUCACACUGGAAGGCUCAAGCAGAAGUAAAACUUUGUAAAACACAGCAGACUCUUCUGUCCUGCAGGCCCCGUAACCUUUGAGCCAAAGCUAAAGUUUAAUUUCUGUUAGGAGAAGAGCUUGAACUUGUUAAAACUGUAGUUCAUAUGAAGACUACAUACACAAAAAACAAACCUGAUGUGUUGCAUUUAUCAGUUUUACUUCUGCUAAUUCAGCUUGUUUCUUUGAGAGGCACGGAUUCAGUGUGUUUACAUGCACUUACGAUAAGUAGCUGGGUUACUGGCGGCUCUGUUGUAGAACAAAUCUGGUUUGUGUAAUCAGAGAAUAGAUUUCUGCUGGUGAAAAAGCUUUUUAAUAUCUGGGUUUCUAACCAGACCUCAGAGAGGGUGAAGUCGCGCUGUGACCACAGAGUAGUGCGAAGAAACGCCCAUUUGAAGCUUUUAGUUUGUGCAAAGCAAUUUCCUUUCUCUGUAACCUGAUUUCUCUGAGCAGAUUGUUUUUCUCGUGUGCAUGUAAACGCACUGACUGUGACUGGGAGCCCCUCCGGGAGGAAAUGUGAUUGAUCCUUGUGUUUCCAGACUCUUUGUGUAAACCCUGUCAGUGUGGACCUCCUCCAGCAGAAACUGGCUGCAACAGUGAUCCUGCUCGUCUUCAGGGAGCCACGUUAGAGGGCUGAUAUUUGUGUUCUGCACAGCUUCUUGGCUUUUAGUGUAGUUGGAUCCUCGGGCCUUCUUACAAGGUUGGCCAUUGUUUACAGCUUUUUUAAACGUUUUUAUUUGCCGUCUUCCUCGCUGUGGUGAAGAGUUGUAGUUGGCUGUUGAUCUAUGCAUCGUCUUAAUUUAGCUGUAGUACACAACCUGUCAGGACACACAAUGAUAGAUAAGUUGUUAUCUUUUUUUUUUUUUUGGGAGCAGCAGGAAAGCAAAGACGGGCGCGUUACAAUCAGCCUCUUUAAAGGAGUAAAUUGUUGAACCUGCUUGUCUUGUUUAGCCUAACAAAUAAUCCGUCACUGUGAAAGUCACAAGAUGUCUUGUAUGUUUCUUCGCAAAGAAAUGUCUCUUCAAAUGUAAUGACACAGGAAAUCUCGGCCCCCCAUAGCCUGUUGUCUUUAAAAUAAACAUGUCAUUAUCUCAACAUAACAAAGGGAUUUCUUACUAUCAUGACUUUCUAAUGUUUAAUAUUGUAACCAGAUAUACUCAGAUCUCAAGGUGAUCGUCCGAGAUGCUGAGGGAAGACUUAUCCAGAGAUGAUAAUCACGUACGUUGAGUUAAUGUCACAAUUGAAUCUUUAUCUAAACUAAAUCUUGAGCUUAAAGAUUCAUUCUUGAUAUUAAAAAUAGUAGUUUGACUAAAAACGUGUGGAUGAAAGCUCCCGCUUGUUAAGUCAAUGUUAUCUCAAACCCAAAUCUUGAUAUAACUAAAACUAUUUUACUGUCUGCAGGUAGCUUUCGACUUUUUUUUUAGCUCCCUCUGACGGGACAGACGGAGCUCCCGGCCGAAGACAUGAACUUUGUUUUUGGCUGAACUUUCGCCUUUAAAAUAAUCAACUGUUACUUUUGAAUUACUUUUGCAUUGACAAUCCUAAAAUUAUUUUCAAGAGCAUGUUAACUACAUGAUAGUUAUUGAUUAAUCUGUGAGGAACUAAUGAGCCUCGUUCAGUCCAGUUACACAGUCUGACUUAUCAAUGCAUGAUGGCUGCUGUUAUUAAGAGUGGGAUUAAUGUGAGUUAACAGAAUUAAUACAAAAUAUUGUAAAAAAAAAAUAUAUAUAUGUUUGACCUGAGAAAAACAGAAAGACAAGGCUUUGAUAACGUGGAGCUUCAAAUCAGACAGGAAGUCAGUCUCAUUUCCUCCCUUGUUCUUCAAAUACUUUUGUGGGUCCUGUAGAGUAAAAGAAAAACUGUUUAUAUCUAAAUGAGAAGUUCAGUCGGUUAUUUUUAAACAAGAACAAGUUCUUAGCUUCUGUGAUGUGAUGUUGCCGUCCAAUUAUUGAGUUAAUUCUAUGAGCACUUUCAAAAAGUUGCCAUUAGGGCUGCGAUAAUGAGGAUAAAAUCUAGCAGGUACACCUAUAACAUGUUGGAAAUGUCUCGUUUUGUUCAUCAAAUGGUCAAAAAUACAAAUAUGUUCUAGAUUAAACAGAAAAGCAACAACUCCUCACAUCUGAGGAGCUGGACCCAGAGAAUAUUUGGCAUUUUUACUUAAAAAAUGUUCUUACUUUCAUUAAUCAAUCAUCAGAAUAGUCGAGUAAUUGACAAAUCGCUUCUGCAGUUAGCCAACAAAGACACUGAGAGGAACAUUACUUGUUCUGUUCUCAAGAUCCUCUUCUGCUUAGAUGUUUUGUGGCGUCACUGCACCCGGCAGCCGGUCACCAACAAAAAAUUCCAGAUUGUAAACUUCUACAGUAUUUUUAUUUUGUACGAAUGAAACAAACAAGAUCCGAAGUGUAACGUGCCGUUUCCCUCCUGCCUCCAGUUUUUUUAUGACGUGAGAGUCAUAAUCUUCACACCUCACUUUCAGCAAGAAAGCAAAUGUAACCGUAUAACCCAAAAUGUCUGUUCCUUCAAUGACAAAGCUGUUGUACUUUUGUUUUGGCAACACACAAUGUACUUUCUUGGAAAAAUCCCAAGAGCAUUUCAAACUCUGGUAACAUCACGAUGUUCUAUUACGGCAGUCACCAUGUUACUUUCAUGAAUUUAUUUGUCUGCUGUCAAGUUUUAUGCAACAUUGUCAGUUAUUUGAAAAAUAUUUUGUGAAUCCACUCCAGCCGUGCUUAAUGUCUGUACAACAUGUCCGCCCUUGCGAGGUCUGGGUGAAAGCAUUCUGUCUUUCUGUGGGGUUUUCACAACAUUUUGUUUCUCCUACUGAGAAUAAACAUUUCUUGUGUUUUUCCCUGCACACACAGUGGACUGCUGUUGAUAACACAGGAAGCUGUCAUGGGACGCGUUUCACUUUAAAAAUCAGCUCCAUUUCAACCAACCAGCACGUCUACUUCAGCUCUUUUAACAACGUUCCUCAGAGACGUUUUACUUGUUUUUCAGCUGAUCUGAGGUCAGUGUCUUUGUGGAGGACAGUGGAACCUUGGAUGGUUUCAGUUGAUGGUACAGAUUCCCUGAAACCAGUGAACACAACCUGACUUUCUUCUUCUUGCCUGAAGGAGUGAAAGAAAAAACAAAACAAAACAGUGACUCCUGCAGGUCAAAGUGUCGCAUUGCAUUUGUUCUCACAGCUGUCAUCCUUGAUAUUUUGUUCAAUAAAAGGUCAAACUAAA